AUGUCACGCUUCUUUCAGCUCUUUAUCUUUCUCUCGGGCCUCAUCUCGACUGUCAAUGGAGCUGAAAAGACAAAUUAUAUGAUCAACCCUGUCUACGAAAACGAAAAAAGCCCUGUUUGGACAUUGGGUGACCAGAAAGUGAUUGAAUGGAAGACAGAUCUACCUGCAUACAACGUCUCUAUAUGGCAAGAGGAUCCAGUAAAGAGAGCCGCCUACCACGGAGGCAAUGUAUUUGCUCAAAUCGGCGAAAAGUAUCAAGUGUCAAACUUCACCUGGGUUGUUCAACUCUACAGCUUUGACCUCGAUUUUUCAAACAAAUUCAUGUUCUGGAUCAACCAUGGCGGAUCAACCGCUUUCACCUCGGCCUAUUUUUACAUAGCCAGAAACUCAUCGACUGGAACGACUACCGCUUCCACUUUGGCACCUUCACCGUCUUCUACUAAUACUACCGCCCCGAACGAUCAACAAAUCGCCAGCCCGACCGAUCAACCGACAGGACUCUCGACGACAGCAAAGCUUGCCCUUGGACUCGGACUCGGCAUAGGCAUUCCUAUCCUAGCCGCACUGGGUGUACUAAUUUGGUUGAGAGCUAGGCAAUUAAAAGCAACCCAGCAGGCUGCUGGCAUGGUAGCUUCUCACGGGGUGGGAAUGCAGCAACAACGAGGUCCCAACAUGAAUAUAGGAGAGAUGCAUGGAACCGACUCGACUGGUUUCCGUUCGGAGCUGCCCCAGGAUGUUAGUGGGAAAUCACUUCGCAGUGAAUUACCAGCUCGGCAUUAUGAGUGA